CUCAAACUAAUCCUCAUUUUGGUUAAUUUAGUACCAAUGUGCAUGCAUUAUUAGAAGUAUAUCUUUGUUUACAUCCACCAAACCUCAAGGUACAUGUUCACAGCGUUAAGUUUCGCGGCUCAAAAAACUGUAGUAAGUGUUGAGCACGCUUUAAGCUCCGUAGGGGUAUUGUUUUCCAACUACAGUAACUGAUGUCCGGCCAAAUUACAGCCCAUACGAAAUAAUUUCGACUAUAUACCUGAUCUUUCAACUGUUGUCUUCCUGGAUACCGAUCUCCCGUUCCGAACUCACGGUGCUCAAACGGUACAUCCGAGCAAUUUAUACUGAUGGAAGACGACAUUCUGCGUCUCACAAAAAAAUAUAUUGGAGAUUCACACGUUAAAAGGUGUCAGGAGAGAUCAAUUAAAAGGAAAAAGAAGCUCACCGCCGUACUAGAUCAGGGACGGCUUCCAGAUGUAGGCUUUUCUGAAGCCGAUAUCGAAUCAUUACUUCUCCAAAUAUCAUCUUUCGAUUCUAAUAACUGGGAGAAUUCUGUGGGUGUUGGAGAACGAGAAGGACGAGUACUUGUGAACUUUAUUCGUCGUCGUCAUUAUGGGUUUACACACGGUAUUGGACGUUCUGGUGAUAUAGCUGCUAUUCAACCAAAAGCUUCUGGUUCAAGUCUUAUUUGUCGACUAACUAAUCAAUUGUUACUUGAUUGGUUAAGAAAAUCAGGAUCACCAAGUACAUCUGCAUGCUUUCUUGUUCCAAUGGCUACUGGAAUGUCGUUAACACUAUGUUUACUGGCUAUGAAAAGACGUCGUCCACGUCGAGCUAACUUUGUAUUAUGGUCACGUAUUGAUCAGAAGUCGUGUUUUAAAUGUAUGCUGGCUGCAGGAUUAAUACCUAUCCCUAUUGAAUUAGUCACAGAUACUUCAAAUGAUCAACUUUGCUCAAAUCUUGAUGCUUUAGAGAUAGCAUUAAAAAAUCCUGCUAAAUAUUUGUUAGAUCACUGGCCAGAUGCAGCACAAGCUUAUAAUGUAGAUGAUAAAUCGAUAGAAAAUUCUACAUCUGAUGAUAUUGUGUGCAUUUUUACAACUACAAAUUGUUUUGCACCUAGAGUUCCAGAUAAACUACAUGCAAUUACUAAAUUGUGCAUUAAAUAUGGUGUAUCACAUUUAAUCAAUAAUGCUUAUGGUGUACAAUCACCUAGAUGUAUGCGAAUGAUUGAAUCAGCUGGAAAAUUAAUCAUUGAACAUAAUUUAAACACAUCAAAUUCAUGUAAUCAACCAAUUGAUUUGUUAUAUGUACAAAGUACUGAUAAAAAUUUAAUGGUGCCAGUUGGUGGAGCUGUAAUUGCUGGAUUUUCUACUGAUUUAGUUGAUUUUGUCGCCAAACUUUAUCCCGGUCGAGCUUCAGGAUCACCAACAUUGGAUGCUUUUGCUACAUUACUUUAUCUUGGUAAUAAAGGUUGGAAUGAUUUAAUUCAACGUCAAUCUAUAUGUUUCAAACGAUUACAUAAUGGAUUAAAACAAUUAAGUGAAAAAUUCAAUUUAAAAUUAUUAGAUACUUCAUCCAAUCCUAUUUCAUUAGCAUUAAGCUUAGAAAAUCUUCUUCCUAAAACAAUUACUAUACAGAAAUUCGGGAAAAAUAACAUGAUAGAAGAUAAUCAGAAACGAGAGAUAUUUCAUCAACUAACACAAAUUGGUGCUAAUCUAUUCACACAAGGAUGUUCAGGUGUAAGAGUUGUUCUACCGGCAUCUAUGCAAAAUUCUAUCAAAUUAGAUGUUUAUAAAUUUGAUGGAUUUAAUUCACAUAGUUCCACAUCUAUUAGACCAUAUAUUAAUGCAGCUUCAUCAAUUGGUCAAAAUGAAUAUGAAAUUGACAUAUUUAUUAAAAAACUUGAUAAAAUUUUACAAUAUUUUCAAUAUUACAUCAUAAAUAAUUAUAAUAUUGACUUAAUGAAUACUGUUACUACUAUGACUACAAUAAAGGAUGAUGAUGAUGAUGAGAUUGAUCAAGAUAAUGAUGUUUUGUCCAAAGAAUCAUUCAAAUUGAAUUCCCGCUUCAUCUAAUUUGAAUUCAAUAUUCAAUUGUGUAAAUACCACAUAUAUGUACAUCGUGUUUUUUGUUUUUUCGCGCCCUUUUUUUGUUGUUUGUUUGAAAAUGGUAUCUGUUACUUUUGUUAUUUCUAUUAGUUACCUUUGUAAUUUCUUGUUUAGAGAUUUAUUGAUUUUCUAUUUUGUUAUUUUUGUUGUUGUUGUUGAUGUUUUUCUUUUUUUUUCGUUUCUUUCUCCUUCUUCUUACUUCUGCAUUUGUUUUAAUCUAAAGUAAAGAAGUAAGGGGGUAUUCAUGAAAUGAUUAACAUUGUUUAUUCUAUUCAUAUAUAUAUAUAACAAAUUGUAUUCAUCUUCAUUAUUUAAUGACUAAUGCCUGUUACUCCUAAUGGAGUAUAAGCCACUGACCAUCAUUGUCUAACCCAAUCUGUCCUGGGUCGAGGCGGAGUUAUUCAUCUUCAUUAGUAUAUAUAUAUAUGUACAUCUUAAUUAUAAAUCUAAAUGAAAUUGGUAUUUAUUUAAUGAGCUCAUACUAUUUGAUGGGUGGAAUAUGAUUUAUUCCCUUUAAAUAGUUUAACAUUAAUCAUAGAAGGAUGAAUGAUUUCAUAACUGUGAUGUUGUCUAAUUCAAUAUAGACAAUUGUAUAAGUAGUUUAAUAGUAGUAUUGUUAUUAUUAUUAUUAUUAUCAUUUAAAUGGGUGUGUUAUUCAUUAUGAAAAUACAGAGAGAUUAGUUCAUUCUAUCUCAUGUUCCUUCGUAAGUGAUAUUUGUGCUAACUUUAAUCUUGAUGGUGAAUAUUCAAGUGACUAGAUAAGAACAAUAGAGAAUUGUAAGAAGACUACUAUUUUCUAUGUUACAAAAGUGUUCAUAGAUCAAUGUGAAAUUUAGUUUGAAAAUUUCUUUUAUACUUUUAACUGGUAUGAAUAAAUACAGUUCGACAUACAACAAAAUUUGCUCAAACUAUUGUAACCAAUUGGUUGGAAACUCUAGUUGACAUGGCUCAUAAUUGAUCACUAUGGUGUAGGUGUAUACACUCUUUAUCUCCCCUUGAAUCGUGAGAUUAACAAUGAUUUAUACCUUUCUUUCAACGAACUAAUUCUUUAUUUCUAUACUAUAUCUUUAUAUACAAUCUUUCUUUUAUACAUUAAUACCAUUGAAGUAACUACUAUGAAUUUGGUGUUGAACUUGUUGUGUUAUUGAGGUAUGGCAACUUUGAUCGAUGUAUAUAUGUGCGUGGUCCUACGUUGUAGCUGACUGACUGAAUGAUACUUUCAAUACGAAAAUAUGACUUUAAACAGUGUUAUGAUAAGAACCGGUAUGAGUUAUCUCAGUAUUCAUUUGCUCAACGAUAGUCGACAUUAAUUUGAUCAACCAACAUUCUUUAUUGAAUUGAAUAUACUGGAUACUUACAUACUGACUGUUCAUUGGAAACUCUACAUAUUACAUUCAUCUUGUUGUGCUAAUGAGGUGCAGCAAAUUGGAUCGAUGCAUAUAUGUGCCUGGUCCUACGUUGUAUCUGGAUGGAUAAUCAAAAUAUAAGUUUUACACCUAACGGAAUUUGAAAAUGUUUUUACAACAACGCGAAAUAAUAUGUUGUGACGUGUUUGUACAGAUUCAAUAGAUUAUUGGUCACUAUGGAUACAAGAAUUUGAUUCCUGUAAUUGGGAGGUUACAUAAUAAAUCUGGAAUAGUUAAGGAUUGAUAAAACAUAAUGGUCUAAAUAAUCAUACAUCAUUGAAUGAUUGUAUCUUCAUAAAUUAGGAAUCAGUAUUUUUAUAUUUUCGAAGUAUAUCUAGUGUAAAUAUGACCGUAGAAUUAUUGACAUCAGUAGCUCAUAAUGUCGAUGUAGAAACGCAAACGCACUUGAUGAAAGCUAUAUAAUAUAUUCAAAGAUUGUACCCAUCAACUUCUCUGUAAAUUCAACGAUUCAGCAUUUUAAUCAAAUUCAUAUAAAGGUUUUAAAUGGUAUUAAUUCUACUGUAAACACAUAUUCAGUGUACUUUAACUGUUUGUUUAAUGUUUUAGAAAGUAGUAUAUCCUGUUGUUUUAUUGAAGAAAUGAAAAAAAUUUCGGCAAACGUUUUCAGCCAUAGUGAGUCCUCUCGAUUCUAUACCGUUGAGCGUCGGCGAAUAAUUAGAGAUGCUAAACAAAAAUGUCAAUAGUUCAGAUUAAGGAAACACAAUCCCUAUAGAACUAGAUUUCACGGGUAGAUCAUUCAUUUUGGAUAAAUUGGGAAAUCUGACUGACAAGAAUCCGAAGGUUGUGUUUUAGGAUGAUCUUGAACAUGAUAGGGCUCUAGCUAAUAACCUGGUGGAUUAGGGAGAUAACACUGAGCCCAAAUUAAACUAACUGUCAAGUUUAACGUUAACCCAAUCUGAAAUACUGAUUGACGAUCGUUAAGUUACUGACAUUAAGUAAUCAAGGACAAUGAUAACUAACGCGCAUCAAUUAGUUAACUCCAUACAACAAGCACACAUAUGAGAUUGAUCAUAUUGUGUGUACGUUACCUCUCCUCAAGGUAUUUUCGCAAAUAAACCAUAUUGUUGGCAAGCUGUUAUCUGCCCUCAAAGUAUAAAAACUGUCGAGAUAGGAAAUUCCCGGAAAGAAAACGCUUAUACGCAUUUGACAAUGAUGACAACCAUGUUACUUUGACUUAACACAUCAUUUUCUGGAGCCAAUCAGCAAAGCAAUUGCGAUGGUCCAGGUCUCGAUUAUUCACGAAACACACAUCCAAUGACUAGACAACUUAGAAGUCAAGCGCUAAUACACCCGUCACUGUACGUCGAACAUCAACGCUUUUAAAAAUCUUGAAAUUCUUGAUGUACUCAGUUAUAUUUGGACGCUUGUUGCAGUUACAAUUUUCCUUCAGUCUACUCAUUGUCGACUGCGUCAACCCAUUACUACAAGAACCAGAAUUUUUAGUAGUUAAUAUGAUUAUUGGUAUGUAGGUGUUAUGAAGUAGAAACCACUUCAGAAAG